CUCCAGCACUGCCAUUUAAACAUUUAUCAUUGCAGUCACUGGGUUUUCAACCCUGUGGGCAGCACGGACCAACCAAGAAAUCAAAUUCACUCAGACAGACGGAGAAGGUGAAACAGCUUUAGUGGAGGAAAAUGGUCGGACAGAGUUUUCAAGUUGAUGACAUCGACUUCGGCAAUUAUUUUGAAAAUUAUUCAUAUGUGUACUAUUUAGAUCCGGAUGUAUCUCCCUGCACACCCGUGGUGAGAGCUUCAAUCAAUAUUGCACUUACUGUUGUCUACAGCCUGGUGUGUUUCCUCGCCGUGUUGGGGAACCUGGUGGUGAUGAUCGUCAUUCUUUACAACCGAAGUGUGAUCUCGUCCACAGACAUCUACCUGCUCCACCUGGCCACGGCUGACCUGCUCUUUGCCGUCACUCUACCCUUCUGGGCAGUGGAUGCCAUGUCUGGGUGGGUGUUUGGCGAUGCCAUGUGUAAGGUUGUCAGCAUGCUCCAGGAGGUGAACUUUUACAGUGGCAUCCUGUUUCUGGCCUGCAUCAGUGUUGACCGUUACCUCGCCAUCGUCCACUCUACCCAGUCCCACAGGCAGAAGCGGCCAUUCCUGAUCAAACUGGUCUGUGCUAUUGUGUGGGUGCUGGCUGUUCUCCUGUCUUUACCCAUCCUCUACAAGGGCAAGUUCAUCUACUUUGAAAGAAUCUUGUGUUACGAGAUGCUUGAUGGUGAAUCAGCCGUAAUCUGGAAAAAGACUACCAGGAUUUUGCGACAUAUUAUUGGGUUUCUCAUCCCUCUGGGAAUCAUGAUCUUCUGCUACAGUGUCACGCUCCUGAAACUGUAUCAAAUGAAAUGUUUGCAGAAGCAGAAAGCCAUGAAGGUCAUUAUCGCUGUGGUCGUCGCCUUCCUCAUUUGUUGGCUGCCCCACAAUAUCACCGUGUUUGUUGACACUCUGAUGAGGAGCAAGCUCAUCGCCGAGACUUGUGACAGGCGCAAUCACAUCAAUCGGGCUCUGUCUGCAUCUCUGUGUCUGGGAUUUCUGCACUGCUGCGUGAACCCAAUCUUGUACGCCUUCAUUGGGGUGAAAUUCCGGAGGAACCUGGUCAAAAUCUUGGCUAAGGCAGGCAUUGUUAAGCAAACUCUUGUAUCGAAGUACAGGAGAUCUGUUUCAUCUGCCUCUGAUUCUGGGCUUAUUUCAACCAGCGUGUACGUUGCUUAUGAUGAAAGUGUUCGGGCUAAUAAGUAAGCAUUGGCAGAUGGACGGGGACUGAUCCCGUUCUUGGAGUGACUGAGCAGCUGAUGAGAGGAACAAGGUUAACAGUGCAGGCUACUGCGAAUAUUGUAGGGCUUAGACAUUUGUCCUUUUAUGUCAUUGCAUUGAUUCUCUGUUGUUUUAUCCAGGUUCAACGUUAAUUUAACAAUUUCACUUUGUGUUUAUACAGUUAACCAGGUCUCCGGUCAUUCUUUCUUGAUUUUUGAAGUACAAUCUAUAUGUCAUAGAGCAGUGGAGCACAGGCGUGGGUCUUUUGGCCCACAAUGAUUGAACCAAACAUCAAGCAGAGUUAGACUGAAUCUCAUCUGCCUGCACAUGAUUCAUUUCUCUCUGUUCCCUGCAGAUUCAUGAGUCUGUCUAACAGUCUCUAUCAUAUCUGCCUCUACCACCACCUCUGGCAGCUACUCAAGGCACCCACCACUCUCUGUGUAAAAAUAGUACCUAGCUAAACUAAUCCCUUCUGCCUACAGAAUGUCCGUAUCCCUCCAUUCUCUGCACGUUCACAUACCUGUUCAAGAACCUUUAAAUGCCUCUAUGGUAUCUGCCUCCAUCACCACUUCAGGCAGCAUAUUCCGGGUACUCACCACGGUGUGUAAAAAAAAAUUGCCAUAAACAUCUCAUUUAGACUUUUCCGCCUUCUCCCCUUAAAGUCCAAGCCCUUUACUUUUUGACACUUAUACCUUAGGGAAAAGAUUCUGACCGUUAAAGUCAAAGUUGAGUUUAUUGUCAUAGGCAGAAGUACAUCAUCUAUGCACAGAUGCAGUGAAAAACUUACUUGCCGCAACAUCACAGGCGCAUUGGAAUCAUACAUGCAACAUUCACAAGGAAAACAUCAACUAAACAUAAACGAACACGGUUUUUACAGGAAAGAACUGGAACAAAAAAAAAACCUAAAGUUCAGUUUAGUGCAAAGUGGUCACAGUGUUGCUUAGGGCUGUGCCAGUUGGUUCAAGAACUGUAUGUUGAAGGGAAGUAGCUGUUCCUGAACCUGGUGGUGUGAGAGGUUAGGCUUCUCUCCCUCCUGCCCGAUGAUGGUUGUCUGUCAUGUCUGAAAAUGACAGGAAACCUGUGCAGGAGGGAUUUGAAACUGGAAAAGCUGUUGCACUGGGACAAUGACCACGGAGCCCUGGGUCCAGUGGUAUGCGUAGUCGUCACAGCUCCUGUCUUCCUUGGUUGCAGUGUUAGACAUUGACUUCUGUGCCACGUCAUGCCCUUCACGCUCCAUGGAACUGUCUUCCUGACUGUUGCAUCUCAGGGCAGAUCUCGUCAGCCCAGUCGGCUGGAGCUGACUUCAUGUGCAAGGACUGGUGUGUCCCUCUCUCACUAGGAUAUGAUGCCCAUUGGUUAUCCUCAGCUGCUUUAGCCUGUCUGAUGAAGCUCUAUACCAGGGAGUGGCUGCUGCAGCAUGCAAACAUCUACUUGGAGCCAAAGGUGAGAGCUGAAUGUCUGGUGGGCUCCAGAGGUGAGUGAGCUGCCCCAGAAUAGACACUGCAGGCCCCUUCACCAGAAUUGCUACCCCCCUUGGAAGCCCCAAACAUCCCACCCAAUGGUAACUGUGAAUAGAUGGAACGGCCCGGAUGGUGGGGAUCUUUGAUGAUAGAUGUUUCCUUCUGUUUACCAACAUGUUUUAUAAAUCUAAUGAUUCCCACAGCUAUCUUGACUAUACCUCUUCCCAGCUGUCUCCUGUGAAAAUGCCAUUCCCUUUUCUCAAUUCCUUCAUCUUGCUUCAUCUCUUCCCAGGAUAAAGCUUUCCUUUCCAGGUCCUCCUUCUUGAAAGAACAGGGUUUGCCUUCCUCCACCAUUGAUGCUGGCCUCACCUGCAUCUCCUCCAUUUCCUGGACAUCCAUGCUCACACCAUCUACCUGCUUCCUUAACAGGGAUAGAGUUCCUGUUGUCCUCACUUACCAUUCCAUGGGCCUCUGCAUCCAAGACAACAUCCUCUGCAAUUUCCAUGGGAUAUUACCACCAAACACAUCUUUACCUCCCUUUCAACAUCCAGUUUCCACUCCCUCCUUGUCCAUUUGUCCCUCUCCACCGAUCUCCCUCCUGGAACAUAUCCCUGCAAGCGACAGAAGUGCCACACCUACCCAUUCUCCUCUUUGUUCACCUCCAUUCAGAGCCCCAAAUGGUCUCUCCAGUAGAGCCAAAACUCUGUUGGGGUCGCGCAUUGUAUCCGGUGCCCCCAAUGCACCAGAUAGGUGCACCUACAUACGCGAGACCGAACGUAAAUUGGAGGGCUGCUUUGUCGAGCACUUCCACUUCAUCCACAAAAAGCCAAAUUUCCGAGCAGCCAACUAUUUUAAUUCCUAUCCCCGUUCCGUUCUGAAAUGACCUCCUCUUCUGCCACGAUGAGGUCACUCUCAGGAUGGAGAAGCAACACCUUGUAUUCCCUUUAGGUAGCUUCCAACAUGAUGGAAUGAACUUCGAUUUCUCCUUCCAGUAUUUUGUUGUUAUUUCUUCUUUUUCUUUUCCCCUCCUCCUUCCCUCCCCUUCUAUUCCCCACUCUGGCCUCUUACCUCUUCCCUUCACCUGCCUAUCACCUGCCCCUGUGCCUCUCCUUCUUCCCUUUCUCCCAUGAUCAAAUCUCCUCUCAUAUCAGAUAAAUUCUCCAGCCUUUUACCAUUCCCACUCACCUGGCUUCACCUAUCACCUUCUAGCUUGCCAUCCUUUCCCUUCCCCACCUUUUUAUUCUGGUAUCAUCUCCUUUCCUUUCUAGUCUUGAUGAAGGAUCGUACCCCGAAACAUCGACUGUUUAAUAAUGUCUAUAGAUGCUGUGGGACCUGCUGAGUUCCUCCAGCAUUUUGUGUGUGUUGGCAGACACAUUUCACUGUAUGCUUCACUCCACCUGUGAUAAAUACAUGAAUCAGAAUCCGAAUCUUAGGAUUCUCCUGUUGUUUAUCGAGGCAUAUGAUGCAUUGCCAUUCAUUAGAACUUAAGAGUCACAAAUUAAUGCUGCAGAUCUGCAAAAUUCUGGUUAGACCACACUUGGAAUAUCGUGCUCACUUCUGGUCGCCUCAUUGUAGGAAGGAUGUGGAAGCUUUAGAGCUGGUGUAGAGGAGAUUUACCAGGAUGCUGCCUGGAUUAGAGAGCAUGUUUUAUGAGGAUAGAUUGAGCGAGCUAGGGCUUUUCUUGUUGGAGCAAAGGAGGAUGAGAAACAACCUGAUAGGGUUGUAAUUUUUAUUUAUGAGAUGAGAAUCUUAAAAUGUAUAAGAUGAUCUGAGGCAAAAGUACAGCGGAGUUAGUAGAGUUUCCCAGGGCGGAAAAGACUCAUAGAAAGGGACAUAAUUUGGAGAUGAUUAGAGGAAAGUUUAGGGGAGAUGUUUUUUGCACAGAGAGUGGUGGGUGCAUGGUGGUGGUAGAGGCAGAUACUACUUGGGGCACCUAAGCAACUCUUAGGCACAUAGAUGAAAGAAAGAUUGAAAAAGCUUGAGCAAGAGAAAGCAAAACAAAAGCUGUAGGUCGAAUUCUUUUUCUCCUCACAAUUUAUUGUUUUGUCCUUCUUUUUUGUUGCUCAGUUAGAAAUAGUAGAAAUGCCAGGCAGGAUCCUCUUGAGGUAUGUGGAUGGGCAGGGAGGUCUCCAGUGUCCCUGAUUGCUCCUGCGAACCCCUUAACGCGGUUUCUUAGAAGCUGAAGCUGGAUGAACUCCAGAUCAUUCGAGAAGCGGAGGGAGCGAUAGACAGGGCAUACAGAGAGGUAGUUACACCCAAGGUUCAGGACACAGGAGACUGGAUGACAGGCAGGAUGGGGAAAGGGGUAAAUCCGCCAGCCCAUGUACCCCUGUGGCCAACCCCCUCAACAACAGGUGUUUCACAUUGGAUGCUCUGGAGGGGAAGUGGGGACGGUGGGGGUGGAGUGGGGAAUGGAUGACCAAGUAGAGGAAAGUCCCACCGGUCAGAUCUCUGCACUGAGUCAGUCCCUGUGACUCAGAAGGCAAGAGGGAGAAGAGGGAAGAAGUGAGUUGUGGUGAUAGGGUAUUCGUUAGUUAGGGGAACAGAAAGGAGGUUCUGCGGUCGACAACAAGAUUCCCAGAUGGUAUUUUGCCUCCUGGUUGCCAGGGACCAGGGCAUCUCAGAUCGAGUCCUCAGCAUUCUUAAGCGGGAGGGUGAAAAGCCAGAAGGCGUGGUCCACGUGGGUACCAAUAACAUGGGGAGGAUGAGUGGUGAGAUUCUGUAAAGGCAGUUUGGUAAGUUAGGUGCUAGGUUAAAGGGCUGGGCAUCCAAGGUCACGAGCUCAGGAUUCCUUCCUGGGACACGUGCUAGUGAGGCCAGAAAUAGGAAGAUUAGACAGUUUAACAUGUGGCUAAGGAGUUGGUGUAGGAGGGACGGCAGAAAAUUUUUGGAUCAUCAGGUUCCUUUACAGCGAAGAUGGGACCUGUACAGACGAGACAAUUUGUACCUGAACUGGAAGGAGACUAAUAUCCUCGCAGGAAGGUUUGCUAGUGCUACAUGGUGGGGUUUAAACUAGAGUUGCUGGGGGAAGGGAACCACAGUGCUAGAACAGUUUGUGGUGAGAUUGUGGAGGACCCCAAGCAAAGUCAGGAAUCAAAAGGUUGCGCAUGGUAUGACUAAUGUCCUGAGUUGUGUAUAUUUCAAUGCAAGAAGUAUUGUAGGAAAGGCAGAUGAGUUCAGGGCAUGGAUUAACUCCAGAUCAUUCGGGAGUCGGAGGGCGCGAUAGACUGGGCAUACAGAGAGGUAGUUACACCCAAGCUGGAAUUAUGAUAUUGUAGCCAUCAGUGAGACUUGGUUGCAGGAGGGACAGGACUAGAAUUCUGGAGUUCCAUUGUUUUAGAUGUGACAGAGCGGAAGGGAUUAAAUGUCACUGAGGACAGGCUGGAGAACUCGUCUAGAGAGACAUUAUUGGGGGAAAUGAGUAAUAAGAAGCUUAUGACAACAUUAAUUGGUCUACAUUACAGACCACUCAACAGUCGGAGGGAUUUAGAGGAACAAAUUUGUGGAGAGAUCGCAGCCUGUUGUAAGAAACAUAAGGUUGUUAUUGUAGGUGACUUUAACUUUCCACAUAUUGGCUGGGAUUCCCAUACUGUGAAAAGGACUGGAUGGGAUAGAGUUUGUCAAAUGUGUUCAGAAAAGUUUCCUUAAUCAGUACGUAGAAGUCCUAACGAGAGAACGCGAUUCUUGAUCUGCUAUUAGGGAAUGAGACAGGGCAAGGGAAAGAAGUUUGUGAAGUGUGAGGCCAUCAAAAGUGAAAAUUACAGAGUAAAAAGCGUGUAUGUGCCUGUCAGAAUAAAAGGUAAAGAAUGCAAGUGUAAGGAACCUUGGUUUUCGAGAGAUAUUGAGGACCCGGUUAACGAAAAAAAGGAACUACAUAGCCAGUAUAGGCAGGUAGGAACAAAUGAGGUACUUAUAGAGUAUAAGAAAUGCAAGGGAACACUUAAGAAAGAAAUCAGGAAGCUAAAAGAAGGCAAGAGGUUGCCCUACCAGACAAGGUGAUGGAGAAUCCAAAAGGGUUCUUCAGAUAUGUUCAAAGUAAAAGGAUUGCAAAGGAUAAAAUUGGUCCUCAGGAAGAUCCGAAUGGUAAUCCCCGUGCAGAGGUGGGUGAGAUCAUAAAUAACUUUUUUUACAUCUGUAUUUGCUCAAGAGACGGACACAGAGUUGAUAGAAGUGAAGCAAAGUGGCAUCGUUCAUGGACACUGUACAGGUUACAGAGAGGAGGAGUCUGCUGUCAUGAGACAAAUCAGGGUGAAUAGAUCCCCAGGGCCUGACAAGCAGUUCCCGUGGACCCUAAGGGAGGCAUGCAGAAAUUGCUGGGGCCCUAGCAGAGAUAUUCAAAUCAUCCUUAGGGAUAGGUGAGAUACAAGAGGAUUGGAGGAUAGCCAGUGUUGUUCGGCUGCUGAAGAAAGGCCCAAAGCAUAAACCAAGAAAUUACAGGCUGUAAUGGAAAAGACAUUGAAAUGUAUUCUAAGGGACCUGAUAUACAAGUAUUUGGACGGAUAGGGACUGAUUAGAAAUAGUCAGCAUGGUAAUCCAAAAAUUGCAGUAAUAGGAUGAAGUUGUAAAUCAAUAUGCAAAACUACUGAAAUAAUAUCAAAAAUGCCUUUCCAAUAUUUUUCCAAAAGAGGGCAAGACCAGAACAUACAUGUCAAGGAAUCUACCUCAGAAUUACAUCUGUCACAGACAGGAUUUAUAUGACCAUAAAAACGAGCUAGCUUAUCCUUAGACAUACAGGCCCUAUGAACCACCUUAAAUAGUAUCAAAGCGUGUCUAGCACACACUGAAGAAGUGUUAACUAGUUGGAGAAUUUUCUCCCAUUUCUCUAUGGGUAAAGAUACCUGAAGUUCUCUUUCCCAUUCAUUCUUAAUUUUAUCAGACAUACCUAAACGUAUUUCCGUAAUUAAAUCAUAAACAAUUGCUAUUAAACUCUUCUGAUAGGGGUCUAAACCUUAAAAAAAUUCUGUAAUUUCAGUUUGAUGUGAUAGAUUUUAGUCAUUUAUCCCCUUCAGCUUGUCGUUCGAUUGCAUUUGUUACAUUAAUAGCCAGAAGAUCUAUUUUAUUUAAAUUGAAAGAUUCUAAUCCCCUACUACAUUUCAAUGGUUUCCCCAAACUAUAACAUAUUUAAAUUUGGAAAAAAUUAGGAGUGGUACCACUGAUCCUUCGGUUAAAUUUGAAGAAACUUGGAGGCCAUUUAUUCAACAUUUUCAUAUGACGUAAGUUGACCUCUUCCGAAUCCUUUUUAAUAACUUUAUGUUUGUGGAUAGAGGAGUGGAGUUAAUGACAAAUAAUGAUCUUAACCGAUGAAAUACGGCAGCCCAGUCUUUGUUUUGUUUUGUUUUGUUUAAUUUUGUUUUGCUUUUUUCAGUGGGGGGGGGGGAAAAACUUUUUUUUGAAUCUUUUUCAUGUUCAGUUAUUAAGAGACUGGGAGGUUUAAAUUAAAUAUGUUACUCG